CGACCUUUGUAAAUGUUGCUAAAAAAUGUUACCUUAGCUACACUACUUUCACCCUUCCGCAACAUAAUAUUUUUCAUGUUAGCUUAGCCAAAAAGGGGAUGUUGCCUUUGUUAGAAAGUGUUUAAGGGUGCAACAUGGAGACAAAUAUGUUAGCUUAAGCUAUUAAAAUGUGAAAAUAAUAUUUUAACUUAAAAUUAAAGAAAAAAGUAAUUACUUGUAUUAAAAAUAAAAAUAGAAGUUAUGUAAUAAUAUAAACUAAAAAUAUAAAAAAUUAUAUAAAAUAUUAAAUAAUUUAAUAGGUGAAUGAUUUUAUUUUAAAUAAUAAAUAUAUGUUUAUUUAUUUAAAAAGUAAAAUAAAAUGUAAACAAAAAAAUAAAAUAUAAACUAAAUAUAUGUAUAUAUGUUUAUUUGAACAAGCGGGCGUGGUUCCCGGUGAAAUCAGACAAGCAGCGGGACUUUGUUUCACUAACACCCCGCCCCAUUUUUUCACUUCCUUUUCCACUCACACUCAGUCAUCUCUCAUUUUCCACACAGUCCUCUCUCGCUCUUCACCCCCACAUCUCGUCUCUCUCUCUCUCUUUUCACCCCCACAGUCGCCUCUCUCUCUUUUCACCGUGUCUCUCUCGUCGCUCUGGUCUCUCUGGUCUCUCAUCAGCACAUCUCUCUCAUCUCAGGUUUGGAUUUCAAGUUAGGGCAUGGUUUGAGGGCUCGAUGCUUUGAUACUCCUAACUAGGGGUUUCUCUCUUUAAAUCAGGGCUUCAUUUCUUUAUUUUCUUCCAUUUACAGGUCUUUCUUCUUUUAAACUACAUCUAAUCGUACUUUAUCUUUGAUUUCAGGUAUUUUCAGCGGAGGCUUUGCAUUUGGAAUUAGGGCUUCUUCGGUUGAUUUUAAGGAUUUCAUUUAAAGGAUUUAAAAUUAGGGUUUCAGUUUAAAGAUUUUGCUACAGCCAUGGACGAUGUGGAUAAUACUUGGAUAAACCUUCCAAAGUAUAGUGUCGAGUACAUCAGAGGAAUAAAAUCCUUUAUUCGGAAUGCAUUCCCUAACGUAGCCGUAGGUGAUGAAAUGACAUGCCCCUGUAGAAUAUGUAAAAACAUAAAGUGGCAUAGUCAGGACCUUAUAUACGAUCAUCUCAUCUGCAAUGGCCAUUCGCCUUUGUGCUCUGAAUGGAUUGUGGGAAUUGCACAGAUUCCUCUCCAGCCAGUUAACGACGAGGAUCUUGAUUUAGGGGAUAAAGAGAAUAAUUUAAAUUUCGAAGAUAACCUAGAUGAGAUGUUUCAUCAGCCUAAUGGACCAAAUGUCGAUGCUAAAAAAUUUUAUGCCCAUCUUGAAGAGGGAAAGCAACCCUUAUAUCCAGGCUCCAAAAUAGGCCUGAUGAUAUUCCACUUGAGAGGUUCAAAUUGCUGUUGGAAUAUUGGAAUGAUGAAAGUAUUCAGGAUAAAGCCAGGAAAAAUUCAAAUAGCCGCAAGUCAUAUACCGAGACUCACACUCUUGGUCCUAAAAGUAUCGCACAGCUUCGACACAAAAUGAAAAAGAAUGCCCCAGAUGAGUCUGAACCAUGUGAUGCAGAGGUUUUUGUGAAAACUCGGACUCGUGAUGCAGGACGCGAGUACAAGACCAGUACUAAAACAAUGAAAAAGAAAAUUGAUAAAAUUAACAAAAAAAUCAAUUCCGGGGAGGCUGCUGAUGAAAUGCUUUUGGAUAAAGAGCAUGGCCCGACUUGGCUCUUAGGGAGAUGCAAGAAGCCGCAAAAACUAUCAGCUGCUGCUCCAACGGAUACAUAUGUCAAAGAAUUGACAACAAAAAUUAAGGAAGGCCUUGCUGCUGAAGUCGAGGAAAAAGUGAAGAAAAUCCAAGAAGAGGUAGAUGAGCAGGUAAACAGGAAGGUGCAACAAAAUUUGGCAUCGGUCCUUAAGAAACUUGGUGAAGCAAACCCGUUCACAAUUGAUGUUACAGAGCUGUGUGCACAUGUGGCCAGUGACAAUGACGAUGGCACACCAAUGACUAAAGGCACCAGCUUCUAGUUUGCUAAUAGUAUGGUUGUUUAGACUUUGGUUCUUUGAAGUUAUUUUGACUAGCUAAUAGUAUGGGGUUAUAUAUCUAGACUUUUUGUUAUUAAACUGUUAGUUUGCUGGUAGUUGGUCGAUUCUGGAUAUUAUGUUGGUUUAGCUGUGGAUUUGAUGUUGGAGUAAAUUGGAUUUGAUGUUGGUUUUUGUAUGUUUACAAUGGUUUGUUGAAAUGAUGGACAAAUUUUGGGAA